GGCCUAAGAGAUGAAUCUAUACUUUUGAGUCCUGUUCUGUCUUGGCAACGUCAUUACUGAUAACACAGUUUCGGUGUUUGUAGUUAAUAAGCCUGUCUUCAGAGCCCAGAUUGACUUUAGAAGUUAUAAAGAUAAUGCAAAAUACUAGGCUUGGCUCUUAUUAUCAAGAAUCUAGGCGAAACCUUGCCAUUAAUCAACAAAUGCCUUUCACUGACUGACAAUUUCAAUCAUGAUUUCAAGAAAUGAUUUAAAAUGACUUCAAGGUUUGGUUUCUUGAAACCAGUGGCCAGAAGAGGAGAAAACAAAGCUGGCAAACCCAAAGAUAAAGGAAGCACCAAAAGCCAAGAUUGCCAAAAACAGUCGAGUUCUGUUCACUUGGUUGAUAGUGUUUUGCCAACUAGCUCACACGAAAAUGGCCUAGACGAUGCUGGCGGCGAUGAUACCGUUAGCGACGAAUACAGCAAUAAUAACUCGGUCACCCAGAAUGGCAAAAAGAAACUUGAGCGAACAUCGAAUAAUCUUUCAAAAUUAGCUGACAAGCUAAAUACCGGAAGGUCUAACCAGAAUGGCGAGCCUGGAGGUAAACAAGCCCAACCAGCAUUUCGGAGACGAGGCAGUUCUAAUAUUGCAAAGUUGAAUACAGGGAACAGUAAGGAACGCACGGGAACCAGUCAAAUCCAUGGCCAAACACCGUACAUGAAAAGUCCGAAAUUUGACACAAAGCAACCUGCUGGAAAGCAUAUACCUAACAGUGGGAUGAUAGCUCAGCGAGGAUUGCCGCGAUUUACGGUAGGCUCGAAUGUAAAGGGGAGCGCUAGUUCACGUGUCGAGGAUGACAAAGCAGCCCCAGGUGCGAACGAGACAUUCGAAAUCCCGUCUGCAGACGAUGCAGCAACAGAUAAGAGUGCUUCACACACUGGACGCACAUCAUCUUCGCCAGUGGCCUCAACAGCAUCUACGACCAACGUUAUUCGAAGGCCAGCGCCUGCCGGGGGUGUUGCGAGAUCUGGCAUAAGGCCUCCGUCAGGAGCAUUUUCUGGAAGUACAAGUGGAGCAGCUAUUGCAAGAGCAGAAACAAAAAUGAAGCCGCCCACUAAUCUGCCACCCCGUGGUAGCAAACAGAAUUUGCUCAAAGGAAACAAAGAAGAGCUGCGAAAUUCGAGUAGUAAGGGUAUUGCUGUAAGGAGGGGGAGCGCACAGGAGACAUCUAAGUCAAAAGAUGGCAGCACAGAUACCUUGAAAGGGCCGGGUGUUGUGACGUCCAGACAGAAAGCCCCUUCAAGGGAGUUACAGACCAUGGCCGAUAAAUUGAUAUCCUAUUCUAGUAAGAAGCUGCAAAGGCCAUUGAGCAUGUGUUCAGGCUCAGAUCUCUUGCAGCCGAAAAACGCGGGGCAAAAAAUAGCCCGGAAAAGUAUUGGUGGCAGCAAUUUGCGGACUGGAAAUUCUUCGUCAUUGCAAGAUCUAUCGAGACGGUUGUCUUCUUCAAACCAAGACAUACCCAAUUCUGAAGCCCGCAGUCGAAAGGGCUCUAUGACUUUUUCAGACAAAGAUACUCCUAUGAGGAAAUCUAAAAGCGGUAGUAUGAACUCUUUAAACGCUGGCGUUCAAGGAUUCUCUGGCCAAAAAGGUCUUGUGGGAAAAAUCGCAGCUAAUGUUGUGCCACGGAAAAUAUCAAACGAACUUGCAAAACCGCGCUCUAGGACAAGCUCAAAGACCCUGGGCUCGACAACCUCUGAUUUCGGCAUAGGGGAUGUCACUACAGUGCAUUAUCAAUCGACCCCUGUCAACAAAUACGUUGGGUUCGAGAUCCAAGCAGCAAAACGAAGCGAGCAUCCUUUCGAUAAUGCCGUAAAUGAGGAUAUUUCCGCUGUCUUUUGCGAUGAUAAUAAUGACCUGAAGCCGAGCGAUCUGGGAUUUACGAAUGUUGCUGCCCGUAGAAUUUUAAACACAACAUUUGAUGGUGGCGACAAAAACCGAACAUUUGACGCGGUCGAUAUUCAGAACAGUACUUACUUGAAAAUUGAAAAGUCGCCCAAUGAAAAUGCCACGGUAAUUAAUAAUAUCACAUUUAGCAAAGAUGAGAACCCCGAGGUUGAUGAACAAAAAGUCAACAGCUUGCUGGAUUCUAACCUCUCCACUGAGUCACAAACACGAACACAAGAUGCCUUGAAUGUCGAGGAAAAUGUCGUUGUAUCAAAGCCAGAUUCUCCACCGUCAACAUGUGCGAAAAUUAGUAAAGUUGCGUCAAAUUCGCCUGAUAAAACAUUAGAUCUCGGAUCAGCAGAGAGCAAGCCGGUUUUCCGUAGAAGCGACAAGAAAGAACCGGAUUUGGAUGGAUAUUGCUCGGACAAUUUUUUGAUGAAUGAAAGUAUGCCUCAUUUGGAUGACAGUCUCUUAAUGAAUAUAACCGAUGAACCAGAUGCUGCUAUGUCUUCUUCUCCCUUGGAUUCGAAUGAAAAGAAAUUGUUUAGUUCAAAAGGCAAUCAAAAUUUCUCUAAGACGGAGCCUCAUAAUGUUCCGCUUCCAAAAACCGCCUCUCGGUCUUUAGAAUUUAGUGAACCGAUUGAGAGUUCUAUUGAAAAAAAUGACGAUGCAGCUGAUGUGUUAGCUACAAGUUUGGUGAAUGACAGUUAUGAUGUUAUAAAAUUAGAAGAUGCGACUGCCCCGGGGGAUAAUUCCAUGCCCGGAACAAGAGAUGGAAAUAAAGAAGUUGUUUCUGAAAGAAAAACUAAAGAAAUUGAAAAAUAUGCUCAUGACACGAAGGAUACAAGUGAAGAUGGCCCUGUUGAUAUUUGUGAACAAAACAGGAAAGAAACUGUAGUAGACAACGACAACCCUCCGUCAGCGGACAUUGAUGAAGAGCGGAAACCGUUGGCAGCAAACAGAUUUCAAAUACCAGUGCCUGACCAUGAUUUGCAAGAAAACGAAAUGAAGUCACAGCAAGUUGAUGCUGAGAAUGUUGAUCAGAGGUUCUUGUCUUUGCUGUCCCAGACUGUUGAGACCUUCCUUGGUGACACCAUAGGCAACGAUAACACUGUAAAUAACCACGGUGGCUUAAUAACACCGAUAGACUCAGUAGAAUCAAAACAUAUCGGUGUUUCCUCGCUGCCACCCAGUCAAAUGAAAAUCGCUGCUAGGCGACGCAGCCUCAUCAGAAGGAACACUAGCCCAUAUGCGACGUCAUCUGAUUCUCUGAGUCUAGGAACAAGUUUUCGGAUUCCAAGAGAAGCCUCGAUUGCGGAAAUGGAAGACGGCAAUGUGAUGAUAGACGAGGCUACGUUCCGACAUUGUCAAAAUGAUGUUCGGAUAAUGAAAACGAAUUUGUUGAGGCUGAAGAGACUGCUAACGGAGACAGAUAUUAUGUCACCCCUGAUGAAACAUCCAAGCAAAUUUGGCAUAUCGCCUCCCGUCACACCAACAAAAUCAGUUUUGCUCAGCAGAAGCUUUUCCGAUGCAAGUAGUUGGCUGGCAAAGAGCAGGAAAACACCGGAUUUUUUGAUAAACAAGACAGAUGAAGACAAAGUGGAAGACGAAAUAAAGGAAAUGAAAGAAAAGGUCACUCUUCUGGAAAGGGAAAACGAAGAAUUGAAGCAUGAUUUGGAAAGCAAAGAUUACACAAUUAAGCUUUUGCAAACUCAGCUGGAAAAUCAAGAAUAUUCAAAGCAAGUUGAGCUGCUGACGGAAGAAAAAAAGAUGCUGCAUAAGGAACUUGAAGAGUUAAAGGAAAAACUAAGCGAAGAGCUUGGUUCCACUGUAACCAGCUACGAAUACGAGUGCCUGAAGCAACCGCAAAGCGCCAGCAAGAUCAAGGCUGAAAUCGUGAAAGCUUACUAUGAACAAGCAGAUGUCUAGCUCGCCAGUUCGCUGCACCUGUUUUAAUUUGAAUUAUGCUGCAAUGUUAAUUGUUUUCUAGGGAAGUUAUCUGUUUGAUAAUUUUGUAUUGGUUUUAAUUGCAAAAAAUUUAGAAAAAUUAAUUGAGAAUUGAUAAAUAUAUUUUGUAUUUGAUGAAGGAACACUCGAAAGAAACGCUAUUUUUUGUUUGUUCACUGUUGUAAGGGGGCGCUGUUUCAAAUGAUUCACAUGAUGUGAAGCAAAAUUGUACGUUCAUUUUAAGUCCUUGAAAGACUCUUUAUUCGAUUCUUCAUUCGAUUUCAAAGUCUAGUCAGUAAGCUAUCUAACUGCCUGCUCCGGAUUUAUUAUUAUUAUGUCGAACAAGGCUAGCUGUCACAUGGUUGGUAAAGAAUUUUAGAUCUAAAACGCUUUUAUAACAGAAUUUAAACUCUUGAAAUUAUUAUGACAUUCCUUCUAAAUUGGCACUCAUGCAC